AUGGAGCUACAGAAAGAGGCUAGAGGGAGUAAGAAGCAGGUACGUCAUCCUCACGGUCAUGUGUGGGAUCCAGAAUGGCGAGAUAAUCAUCCUGAAGAGGUGGCUGAAAGGCUGGAGAGAGAAAGGGAAGCAACAAGGACAAGGAAGCGUAAAACAGACGACAGACAAAUGAUAGAAGCUUUUACUUCCACAGGAUUGGAGGCCCUACAUAGGGCUAGGGCCUCACCAAGUAGCUAG